AUGGACGCAUAUUCAGGGUACAACCAGAUCUUCAUGGACCCUGCCGAUAGCGAGCAUACGGCAUUCAUCACCGACCGCGGGUUGUAUUGUUACAAUGUCAUGCCUUUCGGCCUAAAGAAUUCGGGGGCAACAUAUCAGCAGCUCGUCAACCGGAUUUUUGCUAAGCACAUCGGCGGCAUUAUGGAAGUAUAUGUCGACAACAUGUUGGUGAAAAGCCGAAGGGCAUGGGGGCAUCUGGAAAACCUAGCCCUCAUGUUCGGUAUACUAAAGGACUACCGAAUGAGGCUGAACCCCACGAAGUGCACCUUCGGUGUAUCUUCGGGUAAAUUUCUCGGAUUCAUGAUCAGCCAAAGAGGAAUCGAGGCCAAUCCCGAGAAAAUCAAAGCCAUAAUCGACAUGAAAACCCCGAAGACGCAGAAGGACAUUCAAAGCCUUACCGGACGUGUCGCUACCGAUAAGUGUGUGCCGUUCUUCAAAGCCUUGAAAGGGGGCAAACAUCAUAUCGCAUGGACUCCCGAAUGA